AUGUCUUUUCUCUGCUUUUUGGACUUCUUUCUCUUCGUUGCUGGUAUUUACUUCGUUCGACGUCUCCUCUCUAAACGACGUUCUCCACUACCGCCUGGUCCUCGUGGUUAUCCUAUCAUCGGCAAUGUUCUCGACAUGCCUACAGACCGCCCUUGGCUCACCUUCACUCGAUGGGGUGAAAUCUGGGGCGACGUGUGCUCCGUUUCUAUGUUCAGGCGAACAUUUAUCGUGCUCAACUCUCACCGGGCAGCAUACGCGCUUCUCGAUAAACGAAGCGUCAUAUAUUCUGAAAGACCCAAGUUGGUCAUGGCAGGAGACCUGAUGGGUUGGAACGACAUCAUAGGCCUAGCUCCCUACGGCGAAACUUUCAGGGCCCACAGAAAACUCCUGCAUUCAGUUCUUGGCAGCAAGUCCGCGAUUCGAACGUUCUACCCUAUGGAAGAACAGGAGGCACAGAGUCUGAUGAAACGCUUGCUGGAUUCCCCCGAAAGGUUGCACUCACAUAUAUCUCAGGACGUCGCAGCCUUAGUAUUACGUAUUACUUAUGGUUAUGAAGUUGAAAAGGAAGAGGACGAUAUGGUCGCGCUGGUGAAUCGUGCCAUGGAGGAACUGUCGAUUGCUUCAACGCCUGGACAGUUUCUAGUCGAUAUUAUCCCACUAUUGCGCCAUGUCCCAGAAUGGUUUCCUGGAGCAGGAUUUCGGCUCAAAGCGAAACAAUGGGCACAAGAUCUGCGCAACAUGAUAAAUAUACCCUAUGAGAUGGUUAAGCGGCAGGCAGCCAGAGGUGAGGCGCCGGACUGCUUCGUGUCCAAUCUCCUUCAAGAGGGUGGAUCUGUUCCCGAACAUGACUUGAAGUGGGCAGCUGGAGCUAUCUAUGCAGCGGGGGCCGAUACGACUGUCGCAGUGCUGGACACAUUCUUUCUUCUCAUGAUGCUCUAUCCGGAUGUUCAAAAGAAGGCCCAAAGCGAGUUGGAUUCGGUACUUGGUGGGGAUAGGCUGCCUACAUUUGACGAUCGAGAUGUUCUACCGUAUGUGAAUGCUCUAUGUAAAGAGCUAGUUCGAUUUUAUCCUGUAGCUCCCAUUGCUAUUCCACACGCGACGCUGGAAGACGAUGUGUUUGAAGGGCAUUUCAUUCCGAAGGGAUCGGUUGUUUUCCCUAACAUAUGGGCAAUGGCACACGAUCCUGAGGUUUACAAAGAUCCGGACACAUUCAACCCUGGACGCUUCCUUGGUCCCACUCCUGAACAAGAUCCACGGGAAAUCUGCUUUGGAUUUGGCAGACGGAGCUGUCCAGGACGUCUCCUUGCGCAAGCCACGACGUACAUCGUGUGUGCCAUGGCCCUUUCUACCUUCAAUAUUUCUAAGGUCAAGGGAGAUGAACCUGUGUUCAAUCCUUCGAAUGGGAGUGUCAGCCAUCCUGCCCCAUUCAAAUGUAACAUCACGCCGCGAUCGAUGAGAGCAGUUGAACUCAUCACUCGGCACGAAUAA